CUCUCUCUCUCUCUCUCUCUCAAUGCCCCAGAGAUAGGACAUGGCCGACUUGCAGGAGGCAAGACGGGAGUACGCCGUGUCGAAAUCAGCAGCCCUGAGCACGCAGCUACAAGAGAUAUCGGUUGCCAAGUUCGAAGUGGAGCACAGUCACCGACAGUUGUACGCAAAGCGAGGGAACCUCUUGUACCUCACGCCGCGGCCAGAGGUGAAGGCAAAGCUAGAAGCCAGCGAGAAGGGUGUCGGGGAGAGGCUGGCGAAGAUGCAGAAGGCAGCAGAAGCAGCAGCAGCAGAAGCAGCAGCAGAAGCUUCUGAGCCUGCUGCGAGGCGUUGAACUCUCGACAUGAGGCAUAGCAAGGUCGAUUGACCUCGUGUAAACAAGCCAUGGAUGAGCCUUUUCUCUAAGCUUCGGAGCAUGAAUCUACAGAUUCGUCUGCCACCAAAAUACUGCAAUUGGAACUUAUGCAUCUCUACAAUUGACGUAUGAGUGGUAUGGAAAAGGUCGUGUGCAGCGCGAGGGUGUUCACGGACCUAUGCCUGCCAUGAACGCCAGGCUGUCCUCUCUUGCGGCCGCUCGCUGAAGAUGUGUACUUUGGUACACACGUAGAAUUCUCAAUUCAAGGUGUGAAAAUUCCCAUGCCAUGCAGAAGGGCAGAAGAGGGGGGGGGGGGUCACUGGAAGGCGGUGCUGAACGAUCCUUCUCGUCACGAGCAGAUUCGAACUUUGUACGUUUGCAUACUAGCAUUCGGGUACGGCAAGGUGUUGAGGGGAGGCUGUCGAACAUGCCCCCCUUUUCCUGGAGAGGCCUUAUCCUAGCGACUCG